UGUUGCAUAAAAACUCCUGUCUAUAUAUGUUUACAAAUAGAAUCCAUGUUGGUGGAUGCAGGUUUAUGGUUAUCGAAUGUCUCUUUGGGCCUUGCAUCGUUUGGUUGCCUGGAGGAUGCUUUCUAUUCACCGGGGAGCGUCGAAUGCGUGCAGCUUGUCAAUAAGAUGGUGAAACUUAACUGGAAGGCUUUUGUGGGUGAGGAUUUCAGAGAAAUGAAUGGACAUUUGAUGCGUUAUCCUGUUAAAGUCAGCAAGAAUGGGAAAGUCAGUGCCUUGCCAAUGUACGAAACCUUUCCUGAUGUUGGUGGCAAAAUCCUUGGGGUUCCCACAACUCUUCCUGAUGCUCUCACCACUUGAACUGUUCAUAAAUGCAAAUAUGUAAGAGGAAGAUGAAUUUUACAGGAACGAGCCAACUUUUGGAGCUUCCCUUUCAUUGCAUGUUCCCUUAAAAUUUUAAGGAAACUUGAACCAAAUUAAUGCAUUAUUAGUAACACUACUUGCGUGAAAAUGUAAAGUACUAAUCAAUAUUCUUUUAUACU